GAGUCCGAUGCAGCACUGACGUCCUACCGCGCGCACCAGCGUGGAUGCAAAACAAUUUGGGACGAGCGGCCGAUUGUCUCCUUCGAUGGCUGAGGAUUCAUCGAGAGGACAGACAAGCCGAAACUCCAACCUGAAGCACUUCCUGAUUUUAUUCGAGGACGUCGGGAACACAUCAAGCUGAACUAAACCUCGUCUUCCUCCUACUCUUCCUCGUGGCAGCCUGGAUAAAGAGCCUGGCGCUCCCCAUUUGUCCCGACUUAAACCUUGUGAAGUUGGACUGACCACAUUAAAGGAGGAGUUCAGGCUGGCAGCAAAGCCAGCGUACUGUAAAUCAACACGGCGGCUCUUUGAUUUCUUCAUCAUGACGCAGUGCAGUGGUUGACGCUGCUUGCCGGCGGGCUGGCUGACCUGCCGACGCGCACCGGAGGAUUCUAUUUCUGGAGCCUCAUUGCUUUUUCAGAUUAACUGGCAUCCAAUAUGGCCCCAAUCUGCCCAUGGUGCCACUAGUUUGACUGAUAUUUGGGCAUAAUCAACACGCACCCAUUAUCAGUGCAGCCAUCUGAAAAACACACCAUCAAUCCACCCAUUUUCUUCUGAUCAUUCUGUUCAGGGUCACAAGAAAGCAGGAGUCUCUCCCAGCUGACUUUGGGCAUAAGGCAGAUGACAACGAACCAAGAAUACCAUCAUUCCUCUUAUUUCCAAACAGAACCUUUCUUCCAAUUAUUGACAAGAAGGUUUGAUGUGAUGUUUCUACACCCUGGAUUGGUCACUGCUCAAUAACAGGUUUCAUAGAGAUAGAGACACAAAAAACCUGAGCAUUUCAAUCAAGACUGCUACUUAGUGCUAUCCAUUCGUUGACAGUCAUUCCUCAACCGUCAUUUACACCCAGAUCCUUUUUUAUGAUCCUUGACGGGAAUGAUUGAUGUGAAAUUCCUAAAUGCUGCAUUGGUUGCCAGUCAGUCGCAGAACAGAUAGAGACAGACAACAAACCCGGAUCUUGAAAUCAUGAACGCUUAUCUGUCACUUUAGUCUUCAGCUCUCAUUACCAUCCAGAACUCUUUUUCUAACACUGGACUGGAAGGAUUGGUACUUUACGAUCAUGGAAGUUUUACGAUCAUUCCACAACUGUCACUUCCAUCUUUAACUUUUUUCCUAAUCUUUGACAGGAUGAUUGAUGAGAUAAUCACACAUCCUGUAUGGGUUACCAGUCACCACCCAGACACCUCAAACAACAACAGCUUCUGAGUCUUUUACAUUAGUUUCUGGUCAUUGCACAACUGUUUCCACACCAGAACCUUUUUUAGAAUCCCUGAUGGGAAGCAUACAUGUAUAAAUCCUACACCCUGGACUGGUCACCAGUCAAUUGCAGGGCACAAAGAGACAGACAAACAAAUCUGAGCAUCGAAAUCAAGUCAGCUCUUAUCUGUUAGUUUCUGAUUCCCAAAGUCUAAUUUACACCCAAAACUGUUAAUUCCACCCAGAACUUUUUUCUAAUCCUUGACGGGAAGAAUUAAUGAUAUAAUCCUACACCCCAGACUGGUCGCCAGGCAGCGUCUGAUGACAAAGCUCUACUUUUGAAAUCACUACAGCUUUCUUCAACUGCCAUUUCCACCAAGAACUUUUCUAACCCCCUGCAAUAGCAGGCCACAUGUGAAGUGAUAGAAAGACAGCCAUCCACAGCAACUGAGUGGGAAGCAAUCCCACACGGACUAGACUACCAGUGACCUGGGAACCAUUAUCAAAUUUUUGCUCCGUUAGGAUUGGAUUGUUCCGGGAGUUCCUGAAAGGGCUUUUCAUUGGUUAUCCAUUAACAGAAAGGAGAGGUAAACUAGAAAAGCAAACACUUGAAGAUCAGAGGCUUUGGGAUUCUUGAGCCAUAACCUGCAGGGGACGAGGGAUGUAACGUGUGUCAUUGUCUUCGGCAGCUGAGCUUUUACCAAGAGAGAAAUCAUAGAAUUGGAUUAAAGAUGGAUUAUCGCUGAAACACUAGCAGCCGGCAAAGCAUUUAAUCCCAUUGUGCACUCCUCGGGGAAGCCAUUACAAUUUUGUAGAUUACAUUUUGUGUGUGGAUGCCAGACAAAGCCAGUGAUGGAGAACCGCGAUGAGCUGGAGCACCCUCUACUGGGGCGAAGCCCGGAGCCGCCAUCAGGACCGACUCCUGGGGGAGUCUUCAAAGGAAUGCUGGUCAAGUGUGAGGAGGACAUGGCCUACCCUCCCCUGGCGUGGAGGGGCUACUGCGGACACCCUCCGGAUGUUCAGCAGCCACAUCAGCUUCUGGAUCCGUGUUCCUUGCCUCGCACCUUUGAGUCCUUCUACCCAGCUGCGCCCAUCUGGAGCCACGGCGAAUCGCUGCUCGGCAAGGACUACCUGGAGACCACCUUUGUAGACAUCGGCCCCGGAUCCACGCUGGAGCGUAAACUUCUAUCUGAGGCGCACGGUGACUUUUACAGCGCCUCCUACAGCAUGGACGACGAAGACGACCUGCUCCCUGACUCGGACGAUUCAUCCAUGGAAGACUUCAGUGAUACCGACAGCGAGAGCAACUUCCCCCUGAUGAUCCCUCAGGACUACCUGGGCCUCGCCUUCUUCUCCAUGCUCUGCUGCUUCUGGCCCCUGGGCAUUGCCGCCUUCUACCUCUCGCAGAAGACCAACAAAGCUUCGGCUGAGGGCGACCUCCAGGGGGCCAAUGCGGCGUCCCGCCAGGCCCUGUGGCUCUCUGUGCUCUCCAUCAUGUUCGGGAUCGUCACCUACAUAUGCGCCAUUGCCGCUCUCAUUUCCUACCUGUCUGCCAAGCCGCCAUAAACAUUUUUUUUUUUUUUUUUUUUUAAAGGCGUGAACACUCUCAUGGAGCAAAACCAAAAAUUUGAUCUUGUGCACACGCCACCAACGGGUACUUGUAAAAUAAUCACAUUUUAGCGCAUUGGCUCUUCUCACUUCAACCAUAGGCAAUUGACCUUUAGUUAAGACACACCCCCUUAAUUACUGGUGUCACAACAAAUCCAGACAGAAUGCCAAAUUCAAGCAGCAAGAUGGAGGACAACAAUAUUAAACAGCGACACUGUUCCUGUAAAGCUGAAUUGCCCUACUAUAGCCAUUCAAAAGCAAAAAGAAAUAGAGCUUAUAGAAGCUUGUUAGCUUUGCCGGCUAGCCUCGACUUGAGAACCCCAUGGAAUUUUGGUCCAUGCAAGUUUAUUGGGGCGGCACGGUGGACGACUGGUUAGUACAUCUGCCUCACAGUUCUGAGGGCGGGGAUUCAAAUCCUGGCCUCUCCUUUGUGGAGUUUGCAUGUUCUCCGCGUGGCUGCGUGGGUUUUCUACUCUGGGUUACUCUGGUUUCCUCCCACAUCCCAACAGAUCCCAUCAUCCGAUUUUCAAAAAUGCUGGUGCGUUGCAGUUAAAGUUAAAGUGGCCAUUCCAAUCAGACUUUGCAUUUUGACAGACUUGUCUGUCAUCUUUGGUAAAUCUUGUGAUCCUGCUACAUUGAAAAAGCAAAAAGCAACAGGCCCACACAAACGUUGCAACCAGGAACACAUGAAGUAGCUAGCCUCUUUAUCUUAGCCGGUUAGCUCUCUAUUUACUAUUAGAAUCAUUCAAAAAGCAUAAAGGGAUAGGCCUUAUACAAACAUUGUAACCAAGAGCGCAUAACGUACCUAGCCUUGUUACCUUAUCAAUAAACGAAAUAUAGGCUUUAUACAAUGCCACCUGAAGCAUGUAAAUAGCCUCGUAAACGUUGCCAGCUAGCUCUCUAUUCAAUGUUACAAUCUUUCAAAGAGAAAUAGGACUAUAAAAAUGUUGCAACCACGAACACAAACAGUAGCUAUCCUUGUUAGUUUAGCUGGCUAGCUCUCCGUUUACUACUGUAUCACAAAAAGCAAUCGGCCACCACAAACUCUGAAACCUGGAGAACAUGUAGUAGCUGGCCUCGUUACUUUAGCCGGCUACUUUUACAAUGAUUCAUAAAGCAAAUCUGUUCUGUGCUGAUUAUCCAGCCCGUGUUAGGGGGUGUGUGGCUUAGCGAAAGUUCAAUUCUAAGCUAUUCUUUUAUGUAUUCUUAAUGGAAAUGCGCUUGAUUUAUCCCCCUGCAGCUCCCCGCCGCCCUUUGGAUUCUCGUUAGCUGUACCAAAGUUAGAAGAGAAACACACUGUAGAUACUGUAUCAUGCUCUCUGUUACGAACAAGAGCAUGUAAGCGAACUUAAAAGACACGUGUGCGGAGAAGUGGAUCCUGGUGGACCUCGCCAUAGGCUGGUGAAGUUCUGAAACCACACCACAACUUGAUUUCUUUUUAAAAAAAUAAUUAAAAGAAAACAUGAGGGAUGUUGGAAUACAGCGACCUGACAUAGGGCGUUGGGGGGAAAUUAAAUGUGACCACAAUAUAGAUAACAUGCACAAAAUGCUCAUUUGUGGAUGCGAAAUAAGUAUAAUGUGAAUUUCAAACACUAAUUUAUGGGUUCAAAGCUCAGUCCGGUAUAUGCGCACAUGACUUGGACUCGAGUCUUGAAUUUGAUGACUUUGGACACGACUAGACAAUAUGUUAAAAGGCUUGCAACUCGACUUGGACUUGAACAGCCAUGACUCGUGACUUAACUUAAACUUGAACCCACUAACUUGAAAAGACUUGCUACUUUGACCAAAGCACUGAGAAACUAAGACUUUGUAGCCUUCUCUUUCUAUAGCUACAUGUGCAACUGCAGUUUUACUACAGGAAAAUAUGAUAAGCAACAACUUAACGUCUUCAUUAUUAUUUGUUAGGUCGAAGCAUUCCACACCCUAAUUGCUAAUGUGUAGUUACUUUAACAGUUAACACCCCGUUGGGCACGGUUGGGGAGAGGGAUGGACCAUGUGGUCAUUCCUUCACACACUACCGAAUGGUUUCAUUAUUAAAAAACAAAAAACAAGACAGUGCAACAAUAAAUGUGACAGUAAAAUAAGGUAUACAUUCCAAGAACCACUGUUAACAUACACAGAAACGACGACAUUUAACGUAACAAUAAAGACGUCAAUGAUUGCAAAAAAUAAAAUAAAAAUCCAGAUUGCAUUGUGGGAAUCGCGUGGCUUGACGUCACAUAUGCUUAUUUUCAUUAGCAUUAGCAGCUAGCUUUGUGAGCGAUCACACAGAUAGUUACAUAGAAGGCCUGCCGUGUGCUGUCUGGGAUUCCUGUACCUUACAGUCUAGUCAGUGUGGUGUUCUCAAGAAUCAGUCUUGUACUGUAUUUCUUUUUUAUUAACUUUAUUUAUCAAUCGAUCAGCACACAGCGAGCAUCUAUUCGACAUGAAACUACAUUCUCUGUGUCCUUUUCUUCGUCUCUUUUUGACGUAAUAUUUUUACAUAGUGCCCCCGAGUGUUCCGACUGAGAUACCACAGUUGGAUAAAAUUACACCUUUACAAGAUGAAAAACUUGUGCUCCUCUUUUUUUUUGAAAUUAAUGCCUUAUGUUUUUGAUACAAUAAAUGCCAAGUUUAAACUGAAAUCUAUUUAAAAUUGUGUUUGAAAUUGCCUCACUAAAAAUGUGCGUAGACAAGAAAAUACAGUUGUCAGCGAUAUGCACAAUGUGAAUUUAAAAAAAACUUGAUAAUCUCAAAGACGAAACCAAUUGGUCAUUCAUUAUUUAGUGAAAUGUCUCAUUUUCUCUGGUGUAUUCAUAAUUGCUCUUUAACCAAGCAAAAAUAUAUAUUUAUCCUUAAACUUGAUUAUUCCGAUAGAAUUGUCAGUAGAAUACUCGAUUACUACAGUAGUGCUGCAAAUUCGUAUUUGUGACAGGUCUGUUGAAUGUCACUUCAGAAAUAAAGUGAGAAAAAGUGAGUCACAGCAUAGUAUUUUCAUAGAAUAACUGAAAACCUACUGUCAAUCGGUUUUGAAGGGGCAAUAAACUAAGCCCCCCCUUGACAAUUGGCUUUGAAGGUGCAAAAAUUCGAUCAGCCCCUUAGUUUUCUUAUAAAGGUUCAAUGCACUUGUUUAUCAAAUUUGUUUUGAUAAAUAUGAUUUUUAAAAUAUAUUAAAUAUAUAAAUGCAGUAUAUCAUAUAUACAUAUUAAUUAAAUAUAUAUUAAAAUAUAUUUUAUUUCAGAAUCAGAAUCCUCUAUUUGCCAAGUAUGUCAAAAACACAAGGAAUUUGUCUCUGGUUCUUGGAGCCGCUCUAGUGCGACAAUAGACAGACAUUUUGACAAGAAAUACUUUUGAGACAUAAAAAACAUAAAAGCACACUACGGCGAGUCACUUAGCGUCUAGCAAUUUAAUGGCAAGAGGGAAGAAGCUGUUGGAAUGUCUGCUGCUUUUAGUUUGCAUUGAUCGGUAGCGCCUACCUAAGCGAAGGAGCUGGAAGAGGUGGUGACCAGGAUGUGGAGGGUCCAAGAGGAUUUUGCAUGCUCUUGUCUUAGUUCUGGCAGGGUGCAAGUCCUCAAGGAUAGGUAGGGGGUAUCGACGAUUUUUCCGGCAGUCCUGAUUGUCCAUUGCAGUCGGAUUUUAUCUUUUUUUGUGGCAGCAACAAACCAGACUGUGAUGGAUGAACACAGGACUGAUUCGAUGACUACUGUGUAUAACUGCUUCAACAGCUCCUGUGGAAUUCCUUGCUUCCUCAGAAGCCGCAGGAAGUACAUUCUCUGCUGGGCCUUUUAAAGGCUGGAGUUGAUGUUGGUCUCUCACUUCAGGUCCUGAGAGACUGUAAUUCCCAGGAACUUGAAGGUUUCGACGGUUGACACAGUGCAGUUGGACAGCGUGAGGGGCAGCUGUGGCGAAGGAUGCCUCCUGAACUCCACGAUCAUCUCUCCCGUCUUGAGCGUGUUCAGCUCCGGGUUGUGUCGGCUGCACCAAAACUCCAGCUGCUCCACUUCCUGUCGAUACGCAGACUUGUCACUGUCUUUGAUGAGGCCGAUGAUUGUGGUUGAGGUGCAGUCUGUGUAGAGAGAGAAGAGCAGUGGAGAGAGGAUACAUCCUUGGGGGGCCACGGUGCUGAUGGUGCGUGUGGAUGAGGUGGGGUCCCCCAGCCUCCCCUGCCCGUCAGGAAGCUGUAAAUCCAUUGGCAGAUCUCAGGUGAGACGCUGAGCUGGAGAAGCAUGGAGGAGAAGAGUUCGGGGAACGCAGAGCUGAAGUCCACGAACAGGAUCCUCAUGUAAGUCCCCGUGCCGUCGAGGUGUUCUAGGAUGAAGUGCAGUCCCAUGUUUACUGCGUCAUUUACAGACCUGUUAGCUCGGUAGGCAAACUGCAGGGGGUCCAGCAGGGCACCUGUGACGAUCUUGAGAUGGUACAGCACGAGGACUUCAAAGGACUUCAUGACCACAGAUGUCAGGGCGACAGGCCUGUCGUCAUUCAGACCCGAGAUUGUAGGUUUCUUGGGGACUGGGAUGAUGGAGGAGUGUUUCAAAGAGGAUGGUACCACGCACAUUUCCAGAGAUCUAUUGAAGAUCUGUGUGAAUACUGGAGCAAGCUGGUCCGCGCAGACUUUGAGGCAGGAUGGUGACACAAGGUCUGGGCCUGCCGCUUUGUUAAACUUUUGUUGUUUAAAGAUACGUCUCACAUCCUGUUCGUGGAUGUUCAACGCAGGAGGGGGAGUCAGAGAUGUGAUGGUGGUCGGUGGUGCAGCUGGGUGAAUGUGGGGUGUGAAAGUGUCCUUUUCAAGUCUGCAGCAGCAAAGCAAAAGCAAAGCAAAUGUAUUUAUGUAGUGCAUUUCAUACACAAGGUAACUCAAUGUGCUUUACAUGAUUAAAAGCAUUUAUAAACAAAGAAAAAAACCAGCUUAUAAACAUUUAAAACAGACAGAAAAAAAUGAAAGUACUUGUACAAUUAAAACAACAUACAGUGCAAGAAAUAUCAUUUAAUAGUGGAAAUGCUCUAAAAAGCAUGAGAAAAAAGAAGAGUUUUUAACCUGGACUUAAAAAGAUUCACACUUGGGGCUGAUGUUACUUCUGUUGGCAACUUAUUCCAUUUGUGUGCAGCAUAAUACCUAUUUGCUGCUGCACCAUGUUUGCUUUCGACUCUGUGCUCCACUAUUUGACCUGAGUCUGUCGAUCUCAGAGCCCUACUGGGUUUAUAUUCCAUGAGCAUUUAUUUCAUGUAUUCAGGACCUAAAGCAUUUAGUGAUUUAUGGACCAGUAGCAGAACUUUAAAAUCUAUUCUAAAGCUGACUGGAAGCCAGUGUAAAGACUUUAGAAUUGGAGUAAUAUACUCUGACCUCUUUGUUCUGGUCAGAACCUGAGCUGUAGCAUUCUGAAUGAGCUGCAGCUGUUUCAUGAUCUUUUUGGGGAGUCCAGUCAGAAGACCAUUACAAUAGUCAAGUCUACUUGAGAUAAAAGCAUGGAUGAGCUGCUCCUGGUCUGUUUUGACACAUGCAAGCCUUCACUCUGGAUAUGUUAGCGUAGUGUAUCAGUGGUCUAGAAUGUUAUUUUCCCUGGUAGGACAGUCAAUGUGCUGCUUGUAUUGAGGGAGUUUGUGGUUGAGUUCAGCUUUGUUAAAGUCCCCAAGAAUUAUGAGGGGUGAAUCUGGGUGUUUUUUUCAAUUUUGUUAACUUGUUCAGCGAGCGUUAGCAGUGCGGAAUUCAUGUUAGGGGGAAUGUAGACACCCGCGACUAUGCAAGAAGUGAACUCACACGGCGAGUAGAAUGACUUACAGUUCAAAAACAGCGACUUCAAUGCGGCUGCAGUGUGUGCUGAGCUCCUUAACGUUGGUACACUAUUUUUCGUUGAUAUAGGAGCAUAUCCCGACGCUUUUUGUUUUCCCCGAUCACUCUGUGACGUGGUAUGCCUGGUGUGCGCCAUCGGGGACGCGUUCAAAAAGCCAUCUGUCCGUGAAGCACAUGGCGUCAGACCGUCGAAAGUCUUUACUGGUCUUUGUGAGAAGAUGAAGCUCAUCCAUUUUGUUGGAUAGGGAGCGUAGAUUCACAAGGAAAAUCGACGGGAGCGGCAUUCGGAAUCCUUUCUUACGGCGCUUGACCUGGAUUCCGGCUCGUUUUCCCCGUACACCGCGGCUGCCGCUCCGAUAUGUAACUCAGAGAAAAAACUGAGCUGAUUUGUGAUAGUUGGUGAAAGAAAGUCCGGGGUAGACUCCCUAAUGUUUAGCAAGUCUUCCCUUGUGUAAGUGAGUCGCAUAAGGUCUCCAAAGACGAACAAAAAAUACAAAAACAUAGACAAUAUUAGAGAGCACGUAACCGAAACUUCACAGAAACUGAUUUUGGAUGUGACACUGUCCAUAUAGUCAUUCAGGCUGUCAGUUAAAGUUUUAAAGACACUCUAGUCUGUGCAGUCUAAACACGGUAUAUGUCAUUUAGUGUGGUGUAGCAGUGGCCUAUAAUGUUUUUUUCCCUGGUAGCACAGUCAAUGUGCUGCUUGUAUUUAGGGAGUUUGAGUUUAGCUUUGUUAAAGUCCCCAAGAAUUAUGAGGGGUGAAUCUGGGUGCUUUUUUUCCAAGGCCUCGAAACUCAAAAGUGUAGGACUUCGGACUUGACUCGGGACUUGAGGGCAAAGACUUAAGACUUACUUUGCGACUUACGAAGCAAUGACUUGGUCUCACCUCUGCCACACAGCCACCAAAGAUGACAAUGGACGGUGUUCGUACUUCGAUCAUGUUUACAAGUAUGAUAUCAUAUUUGUAUAAAUAAAUGAUAGACAUGCAAUUAACUUUGUCCGAAGACACCAGCCAUAACAAAAACCAAAAUUUCAGCAAGUUCGGCUUCACCUAAUCACCUAAUCAAACCUAGUUAUGAUCGUUAGCGAGGCAUACACAGGAAGUCAGUUACUUCGUGUUCUGCGUUGGUCACGUGAUGUUCUGCAUAUUGUGAAUUGAUCAUCUGGGUAAGCAAAUCGAGAGCACCUUUGCUAGAAACUACAAUAGGCCUACGCAAUGUCUAUCCAGUAAUGUCAUUAUUUACAUUAUUUAUUUGUAUUUUGUUCAUACAACACCUAUUUCGUGGCCACAAAUUAGCACGUUUUACCUAUAUUGUGGCCACAAUAAAAAAAAAAAAAUUAAAAAAACAUUUCCAUGUCAUGUCUGGUACAAGAACACUGUUGGCUGGAAGGAGAAGCACACAGCACCCUUCUAAAAGAAUAAUGGUGUCAUUCAGAAAUAAACAUUACAAUUACGUUGACAUGUUAGCUAAGUAGUCUUCUUCUGUUAGCUUGUGUAUCACACAUACAAGCUAGUAUCUUCUGCGCUUGAGUAAGCAUUUCAUGUACAGUGAAUCCUGCUGUUCAAAAAUUCAUCCAUUCGCUUUUUUUAUGGAAUCUCACUGAAAAACUCACCUAAUCACAGUCAUCGGUGUAUUUUUUGUUUUGUUUUUUGGGGGGCUUUUCUGUAACGCCCUAAGAUGCCACAAGAGGCCACCAAAGUGCUGGCUAAUAGGAACGUAGUGGUUCAAAAUUCAUGAUUCUACCUAUUUGUGUUUUUUUUUUUU